AUGAAUGACCUUGUGAACCAAGCUGUCUUUGGUUCUUCCACUCGAAUGUUUGCAGCUGGGGCUGUGAAUUAUACAAACAGCUUUGAGAAGACUCAUGGGUUAAUUCAGUGUACUCCUGAUAUAUCUCAGAAUGACUGCAAUAGAUGCUUAGUUGAAGUUGUUGCUCAUAUCCCAAAUUGUUGCAAUGCAAAGCAAUGUGGGAGAGUUCUCAUGCCCAACUGUAAUUUGAGGUUUGAGCUCAAUGAUCCUUUCUAUGAAUCAAUAGCUGCUCCAACACCUCCAUCACCUCCUUCAACUCCUCCUCCUCUUUCCUCGCCUCCACCGGCAAACAGUACAGUAACACAGGGAAUAUGA